AUGAUCAAGAAGCCAUCGUUCAGGUUCAGACAGACGUGGAGAGGACGAUAUUCGAGUCGGACAGGACGGGGCUGUCCCUCACCAACAGACAUAAAUCAAAACGUCGGUCUUGGGGAAACACACACGGCCGCUAAUGAUUUCGACGCCGUCAUGCACGACCGCCCCAUCGUCUCUUCUGAAUAUUCUUGCACGCCUUCUGGCCAAAAGCUCUAGUCAAGCCGCAGACUUUUCUAUCAGCCAGUAAAGAGCGAUCAAACGGAUCUGAACAGUUAACUUAUGUUAACUGAGGAAUCAUGUUUCAAAAGGUAUGUAAAAGUAAUAGAAGCAAAAUUUUCACGAUUACGAUUCUUCAAAAAAAAUGGAAUGGGAAAGUUUGAAUAAAAGAAAAAGUCUUUACGAAUUCUGUAGUUUUACGAACGAUACUAGGUUUUUUUUUCAGAUUAAAAACUCUCUAACGGGAUACUUUUUUCUUCUUCUAACUGACCCGACGAAGAACACAUUCCACCUCCAUAGAUCAAAUAUUCAAAGUUCAAAAACGGUUUUUUCCUGAGAGUUUCAAAUAAAAAGAACAGAAGUAUGGAGAAGCCAAAAAAUAUUAAAAUUAUGCAUUUAGAAAGAAAAUCAGUAGGAUAUUACUCACUGCCUACUAAACCGCUUGGCAAGAAAAAAAAAGUUGUGAUGGGACAAUGAAAAUGAAAUAAUUUGUUUGAAAUUCAAAAAGCAGCAGAUAAAAACUGAAUAAAGCUUACUCCAAGGUCUUGGAAUAUUUUUAAAAUCUGUUGAGAGUUCAGUUAAUUCUGAAGAAAAAAUAACGGAAAUUGCUAUUUUAAAAUGAUUGAUUGACAGACAAAGAGAUGAAGUUAAAGCGAAAGGUUUUUCUGAUCGAUAACCAAAACAUUGAAGAAAAGUCUUUAGAGACCCGUUCGGCUCAAAAAGGUUUCAAUUGACGUCAGAGCUGACGAAUAAUCAAGUUCAAAAAACGGAAACGAGAGAUCAGCGACGGCAUGAGAAACGGCAGAGAAGCAGAGCUUUUCUCUUUCUCUGGCCUCUCCUCGGUCUCGGUUUUCGUUCAUCAAUGAAACAAACAGAAUCGACGAUCACGACAAUCAUCGAAACCCGAAAUCUGAAUUGAAAGUACGGUAGUGUUCUCGAGAAAAACGAUGUUUUUGAGGUCACGGCAAGCGUUCGCCAAGCAUGUGUCCACCACGUGCCGACGGGUUUCAACGAAAAUCGCAACACUUCUACAUCGUUUGUCUAUUUGAUCACCAUCAUCAGAGAGAUUCUCUGUUUCCUGCCAAAAACGAUGCAGAAGGUGAUGGUCGUCUGCAAAAACCCUUUUUUUCUUCUUUUGGUGGUUUGGAUUCUUUAUAGGUGUUUCUGGAACGAACUUUGAGCCGUUCGAAACUUUUCUGUCGUUGACAAAAAUAUCUGUAAGUAACAAAAAAGUGAGAGUUUUUUUUUGAAGAUCUGCGAAAGGUACAAAAGAUUUACAAAAAGUGCUGCGGUUCCUUUUUAAAGAGCUUCUCUUUAAUGUGAGAUGAAAAAUCUUUUUUAAAACGACUUCAGUCGCAUGUGGAAUAUAUAUCGUUGUUUCAAGGCGCAUCCGACCUGAAACGACUUGCGCGGGAAUGUAUUGGUAAGAAUAGAGAAGAGCUGUUUUCACUAAAACCGCAACGCGACCGCGACGUAUCAGUCCAGUUUAUAAAGCAUUCAUAACUUUCUUUUUAAUCUGAAUAACUCUUUUUUCUUCGAAAUACUGACCUGUCCACUUCAAAGAUCACACGAUUCGUCAAAUUCAAACCUUCUUGAACCAAUAAAACAAUCGAAACUUGACGAAAAACGUCUCUUCACUUCUGGUCUGUUUCAUUUCAUUGAAAUAGGUAUAUCGGGUUCGUCUAGACUUUGAGUGCAAAAGAUUUUUUUUCAAAGACUUCAAGCGAGGGAAAAAAGUUCGACCGGUACGGAGACCUUCGACUUUGACCAAAACUUUGGAUGGAGAGACGGAAUUUAUGGUUAGCGAUUUGGAGUAA